ACCUGUCUAGCCAACAGAGGAUGCCUUUAUUAUUAUUUAUUAUUACUAUUGCUCACUAGUCUAAGAUGUGUGUCUGAAACGCAGCACCCAUUGCGUGAGGAAUUCAAGCUGUUUGCCUACCAACUAUAAUAUCUGCGGUUAGAAUUAACCUCUUCUAUCUGCCGGUUAUGUUGGUGUGAGAUUCUGCUACGCGUACAGUUCGAUGUGAUGGAUUGUUUCGCUAUCGGACCUACUUUUAGUUUUCGGGAUAUACCUCAUUUGUCGGUAUAUGUUCUAGAAAUGGAAUUAACGAACAGAUGUUUCAUAAUCAGCUGAGAAUGAAAGAAUAUUUUCCACAACAGGAAUGUCAAAAGAAACUUGUCCAUCUCCUUUGAGCAAAGCUCCUCAAACGAAAGAUUCCUAUUGGUUUGCACAUGGCAAAACUGGAGAUGUUUCGCCUGCGGUUAAUGAUCCUAAAUCGGGAGGUGAUACUAAAGACCAGCAGGGCCAGAAAGAUAAAGAGGAAAAGAUCCGACAGUUCCGUGAAAUGCAAGAAGAGGAAAGAGUAAAGAGAAUGCGAGAGUUAGAACAACAGUUUCAACAAGCCAAGAAGCACAGAGAACAGCAAGAGGAGGAAAGACGGCGGAGGAUAGAAGAGGCACGUAUUAAAGAGCUUGAACGAAGGCAACAGGUGGAGGAAAGGAAGAGACAGAUAUGGGAAGCAGAACAGGAAAGAAAAGAAGCUAUCCUUCGCCGGAACAUGGAAAGAGAAGCAAGAAUUGAAGCUCGACGGAAUGCUCAGAGGAAUUCUCAGAGUUAUGUUUUUGGCAGCUCCACACCCAGAACGUUUGACCUAGAUCUUGCAGCUAUUGGAAUGGGACGCAGUAUGAAUGCUGGCUCUGUACUGAUGUCCUCUGUUAGCAGGAGAUCUGAAGAACGAGAAUUGGGUCCACCUCCUAGAGCUACUUCUGCUUGUAGUCUGGACAGAAAGUUUGAAAAUGUUUCAAAUGAUGACUUCUUUCAUAACGACCAACCUGAUUACUUUCGAUCAUCAAGCCUUUCACCGAUGCCUAGCAGAGUUAGUUAUCUAUCUAAGCAAAUCGCUAUGCAGCAUAAGAGUUCCAAUGAAAUGAAAGCCUGCCUCUCGAUGUGGGAUAGCAAUGUCCAAAGCCAUCCUAAUUUUUUUGAUAGCCCAUCCACUGGCUGGCUGGUAGGGUCGGGGGUUUUAGUUGGGGAAGAUUGCAUGUCUCGCAGUAUGGUAUCAUUGUCAUCAUCAACUUUCCGAGGAAGAAAGAGGACAGACAUCAUGCCAACUCUGACAAGAGAGCGCAGUAUUACACCACAUGUCACUCCACGAGGUAAUAGCUAUAUGAGAGCUGUGAGUAUGACUCGCCUUGACCAACUGGCACAGCCACGACGGACAUAUCGCGACCCCGGAAGCUUUGCUGCAGGCACCACUACCAAUGAGGGCCCCAGAACAGUAUCUCCGAGCAUGAGCAAAAGUAUGUGCAAUCUUGCCAACUCUUCAACAGUUGGUAAGAAGGCACAUACUCCCAUGUCAUCCAAGGGUAGCAUGACUAGAAGUAUGCUUCAUUUGGCAGAUUCGCCUCAAAAAGAAAACAGAGGUCUUACUCCCUCACCAACUAUGCCUAAAAGUGGAAUGCGUUCUGCUCAAAGCAUGUUGCAUUUGGCUGUGGCUCCCAGGCUCACUCGUGCUGCUCGCCUUCGAGCUGAAGCACUUGCGGGUAAUCGUACUGUGUCUGCAUGGAAUUUGAAUAAGGCUGAGAAUUAUCAGACUUCAAAUUAUUUGUCUCCAGCAGGUAAAGAUACUUCUCGCUCCCCAUCAAGACCUCAGAGUUCUAUGUCUGGAACAUCUGAACUCAGUACUGCCUCUAGUUCUGCAGUGAAUAUGAGACACAGGCCAGCACCCAGGAGACCUAGGCCUUACAGUGUACAUGGUUCUAUAGUAGACAGUUCUUCAGUUUCAGCCCAUUAUACUAAAAAAGAACCAGAAAGGCCAGCCAGAUUAACUGAAAGAAAUACAUCUGCACCAAAACCAGAAAGAGCAAAGAGUGCUAAUAGAGAAAGCUCUGAGAUAAAGAACACUAGACCUUUAACUGCUCCCAAAAAGCCAAUUCCUCCUCCAAAACCAGUAGAUGUAGCUGCCAAGGCUAAACCUCAUCCUGUGCCCAUAAAAGACAAUUUAAGAAAGAGAGGAAAGCCUCCCACCAAGCCUGCCACUGAUGAAAAUAAAGUACCUAUAGAUAAGAAUGAAAAAUCUCUUGCAAGUUCAGAAAAGAAUGCAGAACAAGAGAAGGUUGAAACUUCAGAAGUAAAAGAUUUGCCUGUUACUGAUACUAAACCUGGCUCUGCUGUCACAUCUCCUACAACAGACUCAGAUAUGAUGCUUGUAAGUUCUGAUGACUCCAAAAUCAGUGCUGUAAUGGGAUCUGAUAUGGAUACUUUUAGUCAAUCAGUAACCGAAUCUGAUCGGUAUGUACAAGAAUCCAUAGUUGCCUCUCUAUCUGAGUCACAGAAUGCUUCAAUAAAUGUCACAAAUAAUGAAAGUGAAGUUACUGAGGAUAAGGAUAAUGCAUCUCAAAGCAUUCCAAACAAAGCUCAACAAGUAGAAUUGGAAUCAGAAACUCCUACUCAAUCUCUACAAAAAGAUGUGAAAUCAGAAAGUCCAUCUCAAACUCUACAAACAGAAAUUCCAUCUCAGACUCAACAAAUAGAAAACCCACCUCUCACUCAACAAAAAGAAGCAAAACCAGAAACUCCUCCUGUAGCUCAGCAGAAAGAAGUGAAAGCUGAAAUUCCCUCUCAGGCCCAGCAGAAAGAAGUGAAAUCAGAGAUCCCAUCUCAAAUGCAGACUAGUUUUUCAGAAAACAUGCCUGUGCCAUCCAAGCCUCGGAUAACCUCAGAAGAAGAGGCAAAGGCUGCUCUUGCUGAAAAACGUAGAUUAGCCCGAGAACAGGCAGAACGAGAAGCAGAACUAGAAAGGCAAAGAUUGGAAGAAAUAAGGAGACAAGAGGAGGAACAAAGAAGAUUGGAGGAGGAAGAGCAGAGACGUAUGGAAGAGGAACAGAUCCGAUUAGCGGAGUUGCAUCGCCAAAUAGAACAAGAGAAACUUGCCAAAGCCAUUGAAGAGCAAAAACGACGUGAAAAGGAAGAGCAAGAAAAGAAAGAGGAAGAAGCACGACAGAAAGCAGAAAGAGAAGAACAAGAAAGAAAAGCUCGCGAGGAGGCUGAGAGACAAAGGUUAGAGCUUCAGGAGAAGCUAAGAAAAGAAGAAGAGGAGAGAGCAGAAAGAAAGAGGCGUGUUGAACAAAUCAUGGCUCGUACUAGAGGCAGAGCAGCAACAACAGCACAAUCUCCAAGCAAUCCACCCAGUGAUAAUUCUUUAAAACCUGCACAGAAUGCAGAAAGUCCUAGUGUUAAUUCUUCCAGUUCUUCUGAGGUAUCCAAAGUGACAAGCAUCAUCACUAAUGGGGUCAAAGACCUCUCCUUGAGCAAAAGUACUUCCCUCAAUGGUACCUCUGGGAACCACAUCUCCAGUUUCAACUCCAGAUCAUUUUCAGAGGCAAAGCAAGUGUCUAACAACAACCCUUUGCCUGAUAUACUUAAUUCCGAAAACAUUGCUAAAAGCAAUGGAACUAUGGUUGUGACAGAUGAGCAAUCAUCAAAAAUUAGUGUUUCUAAUAGCUUUGACUUGUUGUCAAAUAGAACUCUGAGUGCCAAUGAAGAUAAAUCUCCACAGACUAAUGGGUACAGUAGCCAUGAAGAAAUGAGUUGUACAACUAGUCCUGAAGAGAAUGCUGAUGUGGGGUUAUUAAUUGAUAUUCAAAGCAAUCAACAGCGGAGUUACAAGUCUGAAUCAGCAGAUUUCACCAAACUUGUUGAUGUAGAACCUACUUCCUUAGAUAAUAAUGUAAAUAAUGAAAACUACCUGAUCAAUGUAGAUGAUGUCAACUCUAAUUUAUUUAAUUCUGGAAAUCCUUUUGUGGGAUUUGAAGACAGUUUACAGAAAAAGCAAGACACAUCAGUUACAGAUCUUCUUUCUUAGCUUCAUGAAAAGGACAACUAGCAGAAAGAGUACACCAUGUUUCAGUUUUGCUGUUCAUAGAAAUUUUUCCAAGUACUUCUUAAGGCUGCUUGUACAUCUCCAUUGUAUAGAUCUAAUUUUCUUGUAUUAAUUCUACUAAGUAAGCACUUUAACUAAGUGUAUUUACAAGUAAUAACUUUGACUUCAAGGACUGUGCAAAUGGAGUUUGCCCUUGAGUGUUGUCUUGGAAGUUGCUUAAAAAGUGAGAUUUCAUUCUGUAAAAAAAGUGAAUGUGUAUUUUGACAGAAAGUAAACACCUGUUUGGCUGUUAUGAUAUUCACUAAUUAUUAAUCUAUAUCUAUAGUACAUACACUAAUUUAUCAUCUUCAUAUUUUGGUUUAAUAUAAAACACAGUGCUGAAUUUAUUCAAUAGACAAUAUAUAUAUUUUUUUCUUCUUUCAUAACUGAAUAUUAGUUUGGAGUGUGUGCUGUCUGAUGAAAUAUAUUGAAUUCUUAAAAAUAUCUCUUGCUUUUUAUAUAACACUUUAAGUGUAAUAAUAACCUAUUUUGUAAAAUUAAAGUAAUUAUUUGUAAUAUUAUUUAUAUCAUUCUGUAUAUUUAAUUAUUUAUUAAAAGUAUGUAUUGUUUUAAAGUGAUAUGUUUCCAUCUUGCUUUACUGAAAAGUACUUGUAUGUUUGGUUCAAUUUAAGUUUGAAAUGUUUUUUGUGAUAUACGAUAUAAUAAAUUUGUUGCUGUUGAAUUUUACCCUAUUCAUUUUCAUCCUGAAGUUUUAAGAUUUUAAUUGACUCCAGUACAAUUUUAACUCAAAUUCAUUCACCAUUGAUGCUAUAUUUCCUGUGCUGAAAAUUGUGACAGCCAUUCUUGCAUUACAUAUAUUGUUGAAAUGAUUAAAAGACUAAUUUUUGAUGAAGUACAUUAAAGUAUGUAUAAAUUAAAAUAGUUUUAAUUUAA